AUGUGUCCCAUCCAGCUGAGACCAGACAAGUUUCGAAAUCAACUAAGGGCUCAAGUAGUUGGUUUGCACACAGACGGAGAGCAGACACAAAGAAAAGCGGCUCACUGUGUGCUCUAUGUUAGUGCGACUGGUUUCAUUGAAAAAAUUACAUGCAUGAAAAAUGAGACGCGUAAAAUCAUUUCAAUCCAUCAGACGCGAAGCCUGUGGGCGCGGUCAAGGAUAGGUACAUACUGUAGCUACAAGAAGUACCCCGACAGGCGUAGGAGCACAGCAUUGGGUUGCACAGCAUUGGAUUGCAUGGGCGUUGGAUUGGCGUGUCUGCUAAGGCCCAUAGUGCAAGAACCAGACAUAAAAAUAGACAGAAACAGCUAUCCGAGAUGUUAG